AUGUCGUUCGUAGCUUUGAAAAAUGCUAUUGUGUCAUUCUUACACAAAGAAGGGUCCGGAACCGGCCGCGAUGAUGGCGGUGGGAGACGGGACUCAAGCGCAUCGGCGUCGUUACUUUCGGGACAAAACCAGCGGUACGGCUCGAAUGAUUUAGAGUCCGCCAGUACAAAUGGGGAUCUGUACGGAUCGAAGGAGGAGGAUGAAGAGGCUGGAUUUUUCGGAUCCAUAGAUCCCAGGGUGAUCAGCGAUUUGAUCAUAGGGUUGAGUGACGGGCUAACAGUGCCGUUUGCACUGACUGCGGGUCUGUCGUCUCUGGGGGACUCGAAACUGGUCAUCACAGGUGGGUUUGCGGAGCUGAUAUCUGGUGCGAUCUCCAUGGGACUUGGUGGGUUCCUCGGGGCCAAGAGUGAACUGGACUACUAUAAAGCCGAGGUGAAGAAUGAGAAGAAGAAAUUCUAUCAAGACACAACUCUAGUAAAUCAUGAGGUGGAAGACAUUUUGCUAAACAUAAAUCCGGACUUUUCUGACGAGACUAUAGUCUCGUUUAUUAAAGAUUUACAAAAUAACCCAGAACUUAUGUUGGAGUUUAUUAUCAGGUAUGGACGAGAGCUUGAUGAACCAGCAGAAAAUAGACAGGUGAUUAGCGCUGCAACGAUAGGUGGUGGAUACUUACUUGGUGGGCUAGUCCCUCUUGUCCCUUAUUUUUUCGUUAACGAGGUCGGUACAGGUCUAAUUUACUCUGUAAUCGUUAUGGUUAUAACGCUCUUUGCCUUUGGGUAUUUCAAAGCACAGAUGUCUAUGGGUGACACGUGCACACGUCAAAAGAAAGUUUACGAAGGUGUAGAAAUGAUUGCCGUUGGUGGGACAGCCGCGGGUGCAGCCUGGUUCUUUGUUAAGAUUUUAGGUUAG